UUUAAUAUCCAAUGGGUCCCAGUCCAUCCGAAUAGAUGGAUAUUCUUGCUCGGUUCUUACCAGGAAUUCCCCUCCCUUCCAUGGCAGCCUCCCUUCUUCUCUCUGCGUCUCUAUGCCGGCCUCUAUUCGAGAAGCCUUCUUAAUGGCCGCGAAUACCCGUCGCAGACUCGUGCGUGCCCUCCAAGCCCUCUACUCUAUCUCCCGUCAACGAGGGAUCCAUUAAAAUCGCGACUUUCCCAUUCUUGGUCCGGGUUGUUUCUAGGAUUCCAUUGUUCUCAGAUUUCUUCUUCGAAAAAUCCGUUGUCUUCAAUCGAAUUGAGGUCUCCUUCUCUGGUUCUGGUAAGCAAGAUUUCUCUUUUUCCAUCUGGAUUGUUCCCCAAAUCCAAAUUUUUACAUUCUUUCGGCCCUUUCUUGAAUUGUGCGGCUUCCAAUUCCCUCUGAAAUAAGAAUUCUGCUGCCCAAUUGGGCCAUGGACAACUUGGACCUCGACUUCCCGAACCCGGAAGUGUUCCCGGGCCCUGAUGUCGGGGACCAGAUGCCCGGCAACUGCUGGAUAGAUGGCUUCUUCGACGAGAGCGUCAAGGACAUGCCCCGCCACUCUUGCACCCACACCCACACCUGUAAUCCUCCGGGGGGAGACCUCUCGCACACCCACACCUGCUUCCAUGCCCACACCAGGAUCCUCUCGGCUCCUUCCGAGGAGACUUCUUCCGAGUCCGCCGAGAAGAGCUCAUCAAAGAAGAGGCCAAUUGGCAACCGAGAGGCUGUCCGGAAGUACCGCGAGAAGAAGAAGGCUCAGACGGCCUCGCUGGAGGAUGAGAUUGUCCAAUUGAGGGCGCUCAAUCAGCAGCUGAUGAAGAGGCUGCAGGGCCAAGUAGCUCUGGAGGCAGAGGUGGCAAGGCUUAGGUGCUUGCUUGUCGAUAUAAGGGGAAGGAUAGAAGGAGAGAUUGGGGCCUUCCCUUAUUACAGGGCAGCGAGAAUGGGUGGGGAUUUGGUUUCUAAUGCAACCCAGGGGAACCUUCUUGGUGCUCACAUCAUAAAUUCGUGCAAUGUGCGCUGUGAUGACCGGAUCAACUGCAUGCAAUCAGUGAUGCAAGGCGAAGAUGGGGAUGAAGAUGGUGCAUUGGAUGGCGAGAACUUUGAUGCUUGUGAGAUUGGCAAUAUUCGGUGCAUGGGGAGUUCGAGUACAGGAUCUAAGGUCAUCUUGACUUGUGGCCAUGGAAAUGCGAUGGCUGCUGGAUGUUCAUCUAAGGCCAAGAAAACUAAAGGAUCAUGUGCAGCAGCAACUACAGAUGGUUGACCAUGUUUGGCAUUAAAACACAAUCAGUUCAACAAAGUGUCUGAGGGAACUGUACUGCUGCAUGCCUCCUAUCGAGCCAUUUGUCUUGAGCUUUAGAAGAAAGGCAUCAUUGGUAUUCCUUUAUUGGAUUUUGGCUUGUUUCUUUCGAUCUCAUUGAUCCUUCUACAACUGCUCUUGCCUUCAAAGAUUGUUUUGUGUUUUACAAUAGGAACUAGUGAAACAUGUGGUCUAAGUAAGAUGACUGUGGUGAUAAUUUUACCAUUUAUGCGUGAUAAUAUGCUGCCCUUAAUGUUAGACGGCUAUAUCAUGAUUUUUAAUCAUCGUCAUGAUUUCAUA